GGAAGCUGCCUGCCGCGGUCGGAAGGGAGGGGAGGGGAGGAGGGGAAGGGGUGGCCGCGCCGGGCACAGCAUGGCUGCCAAGGCACGGGCCUUGAUUUGUGUUCUAACUUCCUCACUGAUGCAUCUCAGUAAUGUUUGCCUUUUUCACCUCAGCCAAACAAUGGACUGGUGGCUCUAACCAAGAGAGCUGAUCCAGCUGAGUUGAAAACAAUAUUUUUAAAGUAUGCAAGUGUGGAGAAGAAUGGCGAAUUCUUCAUGUCUCCUAAUGACUUUGUCACACGGUACCUGAAGAUAACUGGAGAUGGUUUGCCUAACGCAAGCACUGUACAGCUCCUUGCAGGUGUGGUGGAUCAGACUAAAGAUGGGUUGAUAUCCUUUCAAGAGUUUGUGGCAUUUGAGUCAGUCCUGUGUGCUCCAGAUGCAUUGUUCAUAGUAGCCUUUCAGCUGUUUGACAAGACUGGCAAAGGAGAAGUUACUUUUGAGGAUGCUAAGCAAGUUUUUGGCCAGACCACAAUUCAUCAGCACAUUCCUUUUAACUGGAAUUCGGAGUUCGUACAGCUGCAUUUUGGAAAGGAUAGAAAGAGGCACCUAACAUAUGCGGAGUUCACCCAGUUUUUACUGGAGAUACAGUUAGAACAUGCGAAACAAGCUUUUGUGCAGAGGGACAAUGCUCAGGCUGGAAGAGUCACAGCUAUGGACUUCAGGGACAUUAUGGUCACUAUCCGGCCACACAUGCUGACUCCAUUUGUAGAAGAAUGUCUAGUAGCUGCUGCUGGAGGUACCACUUCCCAUCAGGUCAGCUUUUCCUAUUUUAAUGGAUUUAAUUCUCUACUUAACAACAUGGAGCUCAUUAGAAAGAUCUACAGUACUCUGGCUGGAAAUAGAAAAGAUGUGGAAGUCACUAAGGAGGAGUUUGUUCUGGCAGCUCAGAAAUUUGGUCAGGUUACACCCAUGGAAGUUGACAUCUUAUUUCAGUUAGCAGAUCUAUAUGAACCCCGUGGGCGCAUGACGUUAGCCGAUAUUGAGAGGAUCGCUCCUCUGGAAGAGGGGACGUUGCCCUACAACCUGGCCGAGGCUCAGAGGCAGAAAGCUCCAGGCGAUUUGUCUCGGCCUGUUCUCAUCCAGAUUGCAGAAUCAGCGUACAGGUUUGCCCUUGGUUCAGUUGCUGGAGCUGUUGGAGCCACUGCAGUCUACCCAAUUGACUUGGUAAAAACUCGAAUGCAAAACCAGCGCUCUACAGGCUCUUUUGUGGGAGAACUUAUGUAUAAAAACAGCUUUGAUUGCUUCAAGAAAGUGCUACGUUACGAAGGUUUCUUUGGGCUUUAUAGAGGUCUUUUACCACAGCUAUUAGGAGUAGCACCAGAGAAGGCCAUAAAACUUACUGUUAAUGACUUUGUGAGAGAUAAGUUUAUGACUAAAGACGGCUCUGUCCCACUGGCUGCAGAAAUUCUUGCUGGUGGCUGCGCUGGAGGUUCUCAAGUGAUCUUUACCAAUCCAUUGGAAAUUGUCAAGAUUAGAUUACAAGUGGCUGGAGAAAUUACUACUGGUCCACGAGUUAGUGCCCUCACUGUAUUACGGGACUUAGGCUUCUUUGGUCUCUACAAGGGUGCUAAGGCGUGUUUUUUGCGUGACAUCCCCUUCUCUGCCAUUUACUUCCCCUGUUAUGCUCAUUUGAAAGCAUCACUUGCAAAUGAAGAUGGGAGGGUUAGCCCUGGAAAUCUGCUCUUGGCUGGAUCAAUAGCUGGUAUGCCUGCAGCCUCUCUGGUCACCCCUGCGGAUGUCAUCAAAACAAGGCUACAGGUGGCAGCCCGGGCAGGCCAGACCACCUACAGCGGUGUUGUGGACUGCUUUGUGAAGAUCCUUCGAGAAGAAGGUCCAAAGGCUCUGUGGAAAGGAGCAGGAGCUCGUGUAUUUCGAUCUUCUCCUCAGUUUGGUGUAACUCUGGUGACCUAUGAGCUACUGCAGAGAUGGUUUUACGUGGACUUCGGGGGAAUAAAACCAGCUGGAUCAGAGCCAGUUCCUAAGUCGAGGAUCACACUCCCUGCUCCUAACCCUGACCAUGUUGGUGGUUAUAAAUUGGCAGUUGCUACUUUUGCAGGGAUUGAAAACAAGUUUGGACUUUACCUACCUCGCUUUAAGCCAUCGCCACCUACCUCAAAGGCUGCUGCAGCAGUAGGACCCUAAGUUUAUUGCUGUAGGGUUUUUUGUUAUUAGUUGGGGAAGAGCCACUUUUCUAAUUGGUUAAUACUUUUUUCCUUUAGCUUCUCAUCAUGUAACAGUUUAGCUUCAUUUGAGUUUUAAGGCAAUUUUCAUCUUAAAUGUAAUCAUUUGUCUUUGUGCUUCCUUAACCAGAUCACUGUGAAAUUCUUACCAGUUGUUUUAAGUUUGGGACCAUGAAUGUAUUUGUCCACAUCUGACAUGUGCUUGUGUUGGGAAGACACUAAUUUUAGGUUCCAUUUAUUGGGGAGGGCUGGGUGAGAUCUGUGAACCAGAUCAUCUUACAGGCAACGCUCAGUUGCAGAUUACCAGGGUGGAUGUUGCACAUCGUCACUCAAAUGGAAAAGCUCAGUGGAUAUCACGGUGCUCAGAGCAGAAUGAUUUUGACUGUACGUGUAAAUGGGCUAUAAACUUCGCACGUGUCUGUAGAGGUCAGCAGAUAUACCCCCGGUACCUAAGUAUGCCAGUACAGUUUCCACUUUUUAAAUAUGUACACGCACAAGUUCUGUUUCUGGAUUGUAUUAUGAAGCUUUUAUGUGGAACAUGUUUUUGUAAUGGAAACCACAUUUAUAAAUGUUUAGCCCUUGUAUUAUGUUACUGGUAUCAACAUGCUCAGAAGAAAGUGUUAUUGUCCAUAGUCUUUGCACUUUAUGGCAGUACUUUUGGCAUUCUACUACACAUACAAGGAAAUUUCAUAACUAGGUGCCUAUCUUGGGUUGCUGGUGUUUGGAAUUCAGUUUGUAUAUGCACUUCUAUAGUAAAACGCUGCUUGUUUAAAUAACCGCAAUAGAAAAUUCAUGCACUGUAUCGAUGGUACCUGCCUUAACUGCUGGCUUGUAAUUGGCAAAUAGGUGGUUUCAGAUUCUUAUUUACUUCAUUGAGUCAAAAGAGAUUAAAAUACUCUAAAAGAAAAGAUUUUACUUAAUUUUUUGGUGCCUUGCACAGUGUUUAGAAAAUCAUGUAUUUAUGAAGAUAGAAAUAAACCUUUCAAACAGA